UACUAACUGGUUUAAAUCAACACAGAAUAGUGAGUCUCAACAAAAAUUUAAUUUGUAUAUUAGUUCGAAUGAAGACUUCAUGUGAUAAAUGUUGUAAUCGAGGCUCGAGGAAAGUUAUACCCUGCGACUAGGGCUGCAUGGAAGAAUGGAAGAGCAUGCAGACAAUGUGGACGAAGCAUCGUCAUUAGAACUAAUUGUGUCCGAUAAAAACAAACCGUUUUCUACUGAUGAUGACGCAUAUCAACAGCUCAAAUCUGUUUACAUCGGGCAGUCGAUUGAUGUAUUCGUAUUAGUUAAGUAUUGUCCUGAGCGCGAUAAGUACUCGGAUUUAGAGUCUUGGCGCUGUCGAAUAUGUCAGCUUGGGGUGCACGGUUGUCUGACCCCUGCUCCAGAGACUGAAAGAAACAAUGAUGAAUGCCGACUUUCGAGCAAGGAGCCUUCUGUUGAUCAUAGCUGGCACUUUGGCGAGUGUAAAAUUUGCCUCAGUUUUACCGAGGGAUCUGAUUCCAGAACAGUUUCUCACUUCCAUCUGAAAGAAAAACCUUACUUUUCUAAAGGUAACAUCUAUGUAAUUCCUCUGAGCCUAAGUCUCACCUCUGUACCAGGUGGGUGCAAGCAAGUGUUGCUCUCAGUAGCAGUCUGGCUCUCUAAGACACCAACUCCAACAGAAUGGAUGGCACUUGAAAAAGAUUUCUGCCUUAGUCCUGAUUCAUCCACAGGACUCCCUCCUCCUCCAAAGACUGUUACAAGGCAAUCUUUAAGUUGUCUUCUGAACCUAAUACAACCUCCUAAACUGAAGUGUCAUCUUGCUCAGGCUGCAGGCAAGCAAUUCAUUCUGUUGGAAGUGCACAACUCUACAUAUGAAGAUGUUACCAUAUCUAAUUGUUGGGUGUUACCAAGUUCCUGUCACUGGGCUACACGAAGUCCAACAGAACCCUUAUGUGAUCACAACAGCAAAGAAUGCAGCUUUGAUCAGCCAUUUAAUUUCAGAACAGACUAUAGUUCAAGUUCUUCCAACAGCAGGUCUUUUGGCCAGUCAUUUUGUGAAAGUGACCAACAUAGUCAAAAAGUCUCUUUACUUAAAACCGACAACUCUACAUUUCCGCUGUAUUUAAGUCCAGGAGAAGUACUCUCCCUUGUAUUUACUGUACAACAAAAAGAACUGGAAGGUCCAAAUAUGAUGUUUUCUCUGGCAGCACACAUCAGUUGGUGUAGCCAGCAAGCUAAACUAAUGGAUGAGCCAAAAACAGUUACCACUUACAGCCUUCCAAACAUCAAACUUCAUCAUCCACCAUUUGUUGUUUCUGUUUCUUGUAAAGAUGAAAUUACUGUUGGUCGCAGUUUCAAUGUUCUCUACACCAUUUCAAACAAAUUACAAGAUUUUCUGGCUCUUCGCCUCUACUGGAACCCCACACCUUCAUCCAGCAUUGUAGAAACAAAGGAAGGCUAUAUAAAUAUUAAAGCACCCAAGCAUAAUAUUAUGAACUCUAUUAUAUGUCAAGAUCCAGAUGUACUUCUUGGGUCCUGUCCAAAAGGCUCGACUAUGACAGCCAAUGUUCGAUUUCAGGUAUUACAUCCAGGUUUAUUUGAACUUGGUCAGCAUAUGAAACUAAAUUUGAGAUAUGCUUUACCUUCGUCCACUGAAUCUCGACAACAUGAAAUCAGCAGCCCAACUGAUUCAAUGUCUACACUCUCUCCUGAUGAGCAACUAAUGGCAUCUGAAGAACUGUGGAGAGAACGUAGUGGUAGCACUUCUUCCGUCCGUAGUGCUGGCUUUUUGUCCUGUGAUGAACGCAGGCGAUCAUAUGCUACCAAGUCUUACUCUUUUGGUGAUCUUGGUCCAGCUUCUUCCAGUGAAUCAGAUACAGGGAGACAUAGGAAGUUUAAAAACAUUGAACGUUCACCACGGCUUCCUCCGCCUCGACCACCUCCACCUAGGAAGUUAUCGCGCACUGAACAAAUUGUUACAAACCCUCGAAACUUUUUGAAGGAAAGUUAUCAACUUUAUCUCCCACAAAUUCUCUAAUCAACUUCUAAUCAGGAACAUCUACCGAAGUUAUAAAUAUAUUUUGCACUGCAUUGAGCUAAUACUUGCUCUCACAAAUAUCAACGUUUUACACAACACAAGACAAAUAUACCGUUUUUUUUUUUUAAAUGCACACACACACACACCAAACAAUUUAUUAAGUUUAUUUAAAAUUGUUUUUCUUUUAAUUCUUUCAUGUUGUUUUCUUGGACAGCAAAUCAGACCCUAAUUGCUGUUGUGAUACUGAAUGUUACUAGAUGAUAUUGUGUUUCAUGUGUUACAUUAGUGAAAUCUUGAUUUGGUGGUUGUACAUAGAGUACAAUUGCCUACUUACUCAGGACCUCAAAAUCCAUGUUGUUGCAGGGAUUAGAGAAAAAUGUGUUAACUCUUAAACUGCAAUUUUUUUGUAAAUAUUUUUUUUUAAAUGGAUUAUUGUUAAUGUUGAUAUAAAGGGCAGCAAGUUUUUGGAAACAGUGGAGCACCAGAGUAAAUAAAUGCCAUACAGCAUUUAGCAUUGUCCCUCUGUGCUCUGGAUUAAACUUUUGUAUUAAUAAUAUAGCUUGGUUAAUUUAAUAUCUCCCAUAAAGGUGGUGAACUCACAGAAUUGUUAGCAAACCAGACAAAAUGCUUUGCAGCGUUUCUUCUGUGUUAAUGUUCUGAAUUUAAAUUCUACCAAGGUCAACUUUGCCUUUCAUCCUUUUGGGGUCAAUGAAAUAAGUACCAGUUGAGUACUGGGGUUGAUGUAAUUGACUAAUCCCCUCCCCCAAAUUUCAGGCCUUGUGCCUUUUGCAGAAAGAAUUUAAUAUCUUCCAUACUACAAAAAUGGUCUUUAUGUGUAUGUAUAUAUAUAUAUAUAUAUAUAUAUACAGUUGUUACUACUAAUAUAUAUCAGUUUGUUAUUGUUGUUAUAUGAGUUUAUGAUUAAGGCAGCUGUCAAAAGCAGUAGAGUCUUCUAGAUUUAGCUACUUCUAUGACAUGGGUUCAAAUCCUGCUGGGUCAUCUAUACCUUUUAUUCUUCUGGGAUUGAUAAAAUAUGUAGCUUUUAUUAACCAGCUUAAACUCCAUUGAUUAUUCCAUUUUCCCACAAAUCCCUCCAAUUAUGUGAGCUUGAAGAUAGCAACUUCAUAUGUAAGACCUAAGGUGAUUUUUUUUUAGUGCUUUUUUUGUUGUUUUUGUGGACAAAAGUUUUGUCUUAUAAACAAUCGUAUAUAUUUUUUCUGAUUUUUACCACUGUUUUGUAUAUUAAAUUAUCGUAUGGUAAAUUUGUUUCAACAACCACUAGAACCAUUCAAACUGAAGUUGGCUUAAAUAUCUCUUCUCUAUCAUCAUCAGCAUCACUGUCAUCUUCAUUGUCUGUAGCCACCCGGUGCUAACAUAAUGGUAUUUUAGUCUGGUCCCACUUGAUGUAUUUAUAUAUUAAUAUAAUUAAUGUAAUUAUAUAUUAAUUGGGCAUAGAUUAUUUUAUAAAGAAAUAUGUUCUAUAGAGCUGCUACUGGUAGCUGUUUUCAUCCCUGGUAGGAUUUGAACUCAAAUAUAUAGUCAUUUAUUCACAUGUGGUACUUCACUGGUAACUUCAGUACUUCAUCAAUAUAAUGGGAGAAAAUGUAAAUUUAAAAACAGCUAUAUUCCAUAAAUAUAAAUAGGGAAUUUAUUAUUGUCAGAACAUAACGUUGUCCAUUAUGACAAUUUGUAUAUAUCUAUCAAUUUAUCAGUUUCUCAAAUUGAUUUAAAGCAUUUUGAGAAAUGGCUUGUAUGAGACAUGGCCCAUCAUCAAACAGGCGACACUAAUAAACAAAUUCAAGGUACUUUCCCAUUAGGUAUAUCAUUCAGAAAGUCCUGUAAGCAGCAGCUUGCCCAUGACUGGCUUAUGGCUAAUACAUUAAUCUGUUAUAAGAUUCAGUUUAAAGCUCUUACAUUAGUCUAUCAUAAGAAUUGGUUUAUAGCUGCAGUGUAAGACAAUUUCCAGAAUAAAUUUUUGGUUACUUCUUUUUUUUCCUGUUAAAACAGGAUAUAUAAAUAUACAUAUAAAUAUUCACUUAAUCCCAAACACUUUAUAAAUCCAACUGUAUAUUGUACCUAAAUUCUAAUGCAAAUUUUACAUUUUCUCCAUAGUUUGUUUGUUGAUUCCAUAUAUCUAUUUUUUACUUGGGGUUUGUAAUGAGGGUUAACAACAUUUGUUAAUGCUGGUGGUUUAUAUCUGCAGUUAACAUUGAGGUCAAUUAAUAUUGUUGAUUAAUAUUAACAUAAUAUUAGUUAUUAUAAAUGGUUAUUAGUGCUGUGUGCAGCUAUUGUUACUUCGCUUAUAUUUAACCCAUUAGCACUUAAACUGGCCAUAUACGAUCCAGAUAUCCUACCUGUUUCAUGUUCAAAGAGAUCUGGCCUUUCACACCUAUUCUACAAUGUCAUUCUAAAAAUAAACAAUCAAUCAUCAUAAUUUCAAAGCUACAAUAUAAUGCAUAAUUAAUUCAAAACAAUAUGAAUAAAUAAGCAUCUCAUUUGACAAAAUAAACUGAAUGCUAAAAGGAUGGAGAAGAAUAUUGAGAAAAAGAGACACAAAACAUCUUGCAAUCCUACAUCUUUGUAAAAAUAUUGAUUAAUAUUUGAAAAUAUUGUUGGUUUGACAUCAUCUAUAAUAAUGAUGAUAAUGUUGGUUAAUUUUAUCAAUUUAUAUUGUUUAUCAAUUGUUAAUAUUGUUAAUUGUUGUU